AGCUGUCAGAUAAUAUGUUCCUCGAAUAGAUUUCGAUGGGAGGAGUCUCGUGCCUCAGGGGGGUAGGUAGACGCAAACACCUUCAGCAUCUUUUCCAAGGCGCGCUUUAAUGUGGAAUCACAGCCUUAUGGCGCGGCGUGGGGACGGGGGAGCAGUCAAGCGCCGGAACGGACCUUUACUCUAAUAAUAUGGGAUUUCACGGCGCGGACGCGGGAAGCAAUGUGAACUUAUACAGACUUCUCUGACCUCUUUGGGUAGUACACCGAUCAGGUAAGGAAACUUUUUUUUUUCUUUCUCUCAAAUGGCAACAAAUGAGAUUUUGUGUUUAUUAAAACUUAUUACCCAGCACUGAGCCUCUUAACCGCACAGCGAGGAAGAUGAGUCGUCUUAAAAACUUUUGUUAAAAAUCGCUCUAAAAACGAAUUUUAAAGGUUUUCUAAUCGUUAUUCAUUUACUUGUUUUCAUUCAGGCCAGUAAAACAGAAAUACUAUUUAAAUAACUAUAUAUAUUUUAAUUAAACUACCUUUAAAAGGAGAAACUGCAUGGAGAAAAAAGUACAACUAUUCUUCUUUUAUUGGCUUUAAUUUGAUUUUCUUUAGGAGAAAUUACUCUCUUAAGACUGAAAUAAAGAUCAAUUGAGUUUUUAAGAUGUAUAUCUCUUUGCAGCGGUGAACGAUGAGGCGCAGCUGGAAUUCAAGGACACGCAGCAAAUUGCAUUAGGCUACAAAAUGAUGGAGAGUGGAAGCCUGAUGGCUCACUUUCACACAGCACUACGUGGCUCCAUUUCCCAGUAGGCCUAAUUUUAUUGACUUGCGUUUUUUUCCCCCUUGCUCUCCUUUUAUCCAAUGUCUUAACAUGCUUCGCGCAGAGAGGACUGAACUCGAACCACCUCUGGAGGGUUUCCACAUUAUUUUCCCUUGAGUGGACGGGAAUGCAAAGAUGCCAAUCUUGGAGAAAGAGACGGCCAGAGACCGAGACAGCCAAGUGUUGCCAAAGGUCCCUGUGCCCCCACUGAAACAAACCCUUGACACGUACUUGAAGUGUGUCCAGUACCUGGUAAAGGAGGAGCAGUUUAAGAAAACAAAGGCCAUCGUGGAGAAGUUUGGGGCUCCUGGAGGCGUCGGAGAGGUUCUCCAGAAGAAGCUUUUGGAGAGGAGGGACAAGACGACCAACUGGGUCUAUGACUACUGGUUGGAGGAAAUGUACUUGAACAACAGGUUGGCCCUACCAGUCAACUCCAGUCCUGUCAUGGUGUUUCCUAAGCAGACGUUCAGAGAUCAUAAAGAUGCCCUCAGAUUUGCAGCUCGUCUCAUCAGAGGAGUGUUGGAGUAUAAAGGACUUAUUGAUGAGCGAGCACUGCCAGUGGAGUUCGCUCGAGGCCAGUUAGCUGGAACCCCUCUGUGCAUGGAGCAGUACUACCGCCUCUUCACCUCCUACCGCUACCCGGGUCUAAAGACAGACACGCUGAAGGUCCAGACAAAUGCAGCCUCGUCAGCGCCAGAGCACAUUAUUGUGGCAUGCAAGAACCAGUUUUUCGUGUUGGAUGUAGUCGCACACAGCAAGCAGCUCAACGAGAUGGAGAUCUUAACCCAACUGGAGAAGAUCAUGAAAAUGGCAGAGAACGCUGAAGAGAGACUCCCUCCUUUUGGCAUCCUGACAUCUGAUGGGAGAACAGAAUGGGCACAAGCUAGAGAUGUACUAACAAAAGAUCAAACCAACAGGGACUCUCUAGCCCUGAUUGAGAGCUGUGUGUGUGUGGUGUGUCUGGAUGAACCCAGUAGCCUGGUGCCCAGUGAUACCAACAGGGCCCUGCUGAUGCUGCACGGUGGUGGCCAUGAGAAGAAUGGGGCAAACCGCUGGUAUGAUAAAUCAAUGCAGUUUGUCAUAGGAAUGAACGGGAUAUGUGGGGUCGUGUGCGAACAUUCACCAUUCGAGGGAAUAGUUCUAGUGCAGUGCUCUGAAUUCCUUAUGAAAUAUAUAACAGGGAGUCCUUCCAAGAUAGUGAAGGCAUCCAGCAUCAGAGAGCUCCCCCCUCCAAGAAGACUGCUCUGGAAAUGCAACCCGCAAAUCCAGGGACUUUUAGCAGCAUCUGGAGACAGACUCCAGAGGCAAGACUUACACAAACAAACUAACACAGAACCACAUCCUCAAAUAAUGCAAAGUCUUUCCAGUGACAUAAGGUCCCAUAUCUUUUGUGCUUUCUCCUUCAGGCUGGUGAAUAAUCUUGACAUGGAUGUUUUCAAGUUCAAAGCUUAUGGAAAAGAAUUCAUCAAAAAGCAGAAGAUGAGUCCAGAUGCGUUUAUACAAGUUGCCUUACAACUUGCAUUUUACAAAUGCAAUGGAAGGCUCGUGUCCACGUAUGAGAGUGCGUCCAUCAGGCGUUUCCAACAAGGUCGGGUGGAUAACAUUCGCUCUGCCACCCCUGAGGCCCUGGCCUUCGUGAAGUCCAUGACAGAUGAGAGGGCCACUUUCACCGACUCCGAAAAAACGAAACGACUGAGGGAUGCGAUUAAUGCCCAGACAAAUUAUACUAUUGCAGCUAUUACAGGAAUGGCAAUAGACAAUCAUCUCCUUGGGCUUCUGAAGAUCUCAAAGGAGCUCAACAUGGAGAAGCCAGAGAUCUUCUGUGAUGAGACGUAUCUGACCAGUAACCAGUUCAUCCUCUCUACCAGUCAGGUUCCAACCACAGUGGAAAUGUUCUGUUGCUACGGCCCGGUGGUGCCCAAUGGCUACGGCGCCUGUUACAACCCACAGUCAGAUCACAUCAUCUUCUGCGUGUCUAGUUUCUGGGAGAACACAGAGACGAGCUCAGCCGUUUUCGUCAAAGCGCUGAAUGAGGGCCUUCUGGAAAUCAGGGACCUGUGCAAUAGAAGCAGCACACUGGCUACCAAACCGGCUGGUAGUAGCCAGGAAGCUGGCCAGCCUCAUAAAUCAGGGAAGUAAGCCAUACCGAGAGAGCACGCCCACUCAGCUGCUCCUCUCAACACUCUUAGACUUAGAUUUUAGCUUUAGACUCAGUAGUCGAGACUCCUUCAUGUGUCUUUGUUGUCUGUGCAAUAGUGCUCCCUUCACAACAAAAUGCAAAGCCUUAAAAGUUCAUAUAUAGUAUGUAAAUAUUGAAAAAUGUGAACAAAAACUGGAAAACAAGUUCUCUUGGAUAUGCAUAGACAUCAGAGUGAUCUUAGGUCCAACACUGACCCCGCUUGAAUCGGUAGACUGAGAAUAAAUGGUCUGCUGCCUUUAGGAAACUGAAGCCAUGUCUGCUUUGUAGCACUGAUGUGAGGGGAAAUUCCUCUAUCAGAGAGUAAAUAAAGUGAGUUCAUAUCUCACACAGAGUAGUAAUGUAAUAGACGUGACAGGAUUAUAUAUAUUUAAAAAAUCCUAUAGUACAUUCUGUGUAUUUAAAUGACAUGUAACAAUCAUGACAUCCUGUAAAUGUGAUCUUGCCAACCUGUUUCACUUUGUGUCUGCCAUUAUGUUAAUAACAAAUUGGAUCAGCUGUACUUUCAGAUCAAUUUUAAUAUUUAGAUUUUUUUUUAAAAUCCUAAUCCAGUUGCCAAAGAGGUUGUGCAUUAUGUGAAGUCUGUCUGAUGAGGCACUUUAAGAUAUUUAUAUAAAGAUAUGAGAGAAUAACUGAAAACAUAGAGCACUGGUUAUAAAUAAUGUGUGUAGAGGGAAAACAUGUCAUAUGGUUUUAGUGGCACAUUUGAAGUUGUUUAGAUGUACUCUAUGUAUGUGUUCUAUGUUAUAGCAAUAGUUAACUAGUGCAAAGUGUCUAUAUGUUCUGUAUUAUAGCAAUAUUAAAUAUUUGUAAAAUGUAGUGAUCAGAGCUACUUUAUAAGCAAGAUACAGUCCAGUGGUGACUAGGUGAGGCAAACCACUGUGUUCGUGUGUGUGUGUGUGUGUGUG